GGCGCGGGCCCAGGCCGCGGGGCCGGCGCGGGGCGGCGGAGGCGGGCGGGCGCCGCGCCGGUCAGCCAGCAGACAUGAUGAGCACCAAGGCCUUUACGUUGGUCUCCGCUGUUGAGCGGGAGCUGCUGAUGGGCGACAGGGAGCGUGUCAACAUAGACUGCGUGGAGUGCUGUGGCAGGAACCUCUACGUGGGCACCAGUGACUGCUUCAUUCACCACUUCCUGCUGGAGGAGAACGCUCUGCCCGCAGGGACAGCCACAUUCACCGCCACGAAGCAGCUGCACAGACACCUGGGUUUCAAGAAGGCAGUGAAUGAGCUGCGAGCCGCGUCCGCCCUCAACAGGCUGCUGGUGCUCUGUGACAACUCCAUAACUCUGAUCAACAUGUUGAGCCUGGAGCCUGUCCCCUCAGGGGCUCGCAUCAAAGGGGCCAUGGCGUUUGCCUUGAACGAGAACCCUGUGAGCGGGGACCCAUUCUGCGUGGAAGUCUGCAUCAUCUCUGUCAAACGCAGAACCAUUCAGGUGUUCAUGGUGUACGAGGACCGGGUUCAGAUUGUCAGGGAAGUGUCGACGCCGGAGCAGCCCCUGGCCGUGGCUGUGGACGGUCACUUCUUGUGCCUGGCUCUGACCACCCAGUACAUCAUCCUGAACUACAGCACAGGUGUCGCCCAGGACCUGUUUCCUUACUGCAGUGAGGAGAAGCGCCCGAUCGUCAAGAGGAUAGGGAGACAGGAGUUCCUGCUGGCAGGCCCCGGAGGGCUGGGCAUGUUCGCCACCGUCGCUGGGAUAUCGCAGCGGGCCCCUGUGCACUGGUCGGAGAACGUGGUCGGGGCGGCCGUCUGCUUCCCCUACGUCAUUGCGCUCGAUGAGGAGUUCAUCACGGUGCACAGCAUGUUGGAUCAGCAGCAAAAGCAGACCCUGCCCUUUAAGGAAGGCCACAUUCUACAGGAUUUUGAAGGAAGAGUGAUUGUCGCCACAAGUAAAGGAGUUUACAUCUUGGUUCCAUUACCUCUGGAAAAACAAAUACAGGAUCUUCUAGCAAGCCGGAGAGUGGAAGAGGCUUUGAUUUUAGCGAAAGGAGCCCGGAGGAACAUUCCAAAAGAAAAAUUUCAGGUAAUGUACAGAAGGAUUCUGCAGCAGGCGGGGUUCAUACAGUUUGCACAACUCCAGUUCCUGGAGGCGAAAGAGCUCUUCAGAAGCGGCCAGCUUGAUGUCCGGGAGCUGAUCUCUCUCUACCCCUUCCUGUUGCCCACCUCCUCUUCAUUCACACGGUCUCACCCUCCUCUCCAUGAGUAUGCAGACCUGAACCAGCUGACCCAAGGGGACCAGGAGAAGAUGGCCAAGUGCAAGCGCUUCCUCAUGAGCUACUUGAACGAAGUCCGCAGCACAGAGGUAGCCAAUGGCUACAAAGAGGACAUUGACACAGCCUUGCUCAAGCUGUACGCGGAGGCCGACCAUGACAGUCUGCUGGACCUCCUGGUCACUGAGAACUUCUGUCUCCUGACAGACAGCGCUGCCUGGCUAGAGAAGCACAAAAAGUAUUUUGCGCUGGGACUGCUCUAUCAUUAUAAUAACCAGGACGCUGCUGCCGUUCAGUUGUGGGUGAACAUCGUGAACGGGGACAUUCAGGACUCCACGCGCUCAGACCUUUACGAAUACAUCGUUGACUUCCUCACCUACAGCUUAGACCGGGAGCUCGUGUGGAAGUAUGCUGACUGGGUCUUGCAGAAAAGUGAGGAGAUUGGAGUUCAAGUUUUCACCAAGAGGCCUUUGACCGAACAGGAGAAGGAUAGUUUUAAUCCGGAAGAUGUUAUCACCUGCCUUAAGAAAUAUCCUAAAGCUCUUGUGAAGUAUCUGGAGCACCUGGUUGUGGACAGGAACCUGCAGAAGGAAGAGUACCACACGCGCUUAGCUCUACUCUACCUGGACGAGGUGCUGCGACAGGGGCCCGGCGCCAGCGGCAAGGGUGCAGAAGUGACCGAGACGCAGGCGAAGCUACGACACCUGCUCCAGAAAUCCGACUUGUACCGAGUCCACUUUCUGCUAGAUAGAAUCCAGGGCGCCGGCCUUCCCAUGGAGAGCGCCAUCCUGCACGGGAAGCUGGAGGAGCACGAGAAAGCCCUGCGCAUCCUGGUACACGAGCUGAGGGACUUCUCGGCGGCUGAGGACUACUGCCUGUGGCGCUCCGAGGGCAGGGACCCGCCCUACCGGCAGCGGCUUUUCCACACGCUGCUGGCCAUUUACCUCGGCCCCGGGCCCUCCGCGCAUGAGCUGACCGUGGCUGCCGUGGACCUCCUGAACCACCGCGCCGCCGAAUUUGAUGCCGCCCAGGUUCUGCAGCUGCUGCCCGGCAGCUGGUCAGUGCAGCUCCUCUGCCCGUUCCUGAUGGGGGCCAUGAGGGACAGUGUCCACACCAGGAGGACAACGCAGGUGGCUCUUGGCCUGGCCAAGUCUGAAAACUUAAUCUACAAAUACGACAAGAUGAAGUUGAAAGGACGCUCAGUUCUGCUUUCAGACAAAAAGCUCUGCCAGAUGUGCCAAAAUCCCUUUUGUGAGCCCGUGUUUGUUAGGUAUCCAAAUGGAGGUCUCGUCCACACCCACUGCGCUGCCGGCAGACACACGAACCCCAGCUCCCCCAGCCCCGGUGCCCGGACUUGAAGAGGCCCGCCCGAGGGCACGAGGGGGACCCCGAGUUCAUGACCAGGCCUGCUGGGUGCAGAGAGCAGAAAGCCACUGCACUUGUGUCAGCCAAGACAGAGGGAUGACAUCUGGGUGCUGGGGAGCCUCAGUCAGUGUGAAACAGGGCCUCUCCGCUGCUGACCACUCUGCUUUGAAUGGAAAUGGAAACCCCGGAAACAGAGACUGCGAGACUGCGCCGUCCAGGUACCCAGUAGUCCACAACAGAUGUCUGCUUUGAAAGAUGAGCCUUCCCUGUGCAACCCAGACAAACUGGGCCCCCAGCCCCACUCCCCGAUCUUUAAACACGCAUUUGCACGGGAAACAUUUGCUUCAGGGCGGCAGAGAGGUGAAACCCCAUCUCGGCCGGGCGAGUGGCCGGGACACAGAGCCCUGUGGCAGGUGGGUUUCACGUGAUGCGCCUUCCCUUCCCGUGUAAGUGCGUUCUCCAUCCACAAGGCACAGCCGCUGGGGUCCUGUCUGUUUCUCGAGAUUACCUCGGGGGCUCUGCCUUUGCUCUUGGAAAUGGCUGACCUUAGGGAAGUGUUUGUGUUCCUUCCUGCUUCCCAUCUGGCUCUCAACCCCUGAAAGAUUCUGCCUUGUUUACCCAAGCUCUCCCUUUUGGGCAAAUUCGUAUGCUUCUGGCUGCCUAGCAAGUGAAGACCUGUCAGAAACUGGUAAAGCUCGAAGAGAGAAGCUGCGUGCCCAUCUUAGAUGACAGCGGACAGGAAACCAGGGCGGGUGAGGGCCCAGUGUAUGUUCCUUUACUGUCGCCUCAUCUGCUUACUUGAAACUCCAUGAUUAACACGUUUGACUAAAAAUUUUUAUUCGAAGUUAUAUCAUCUUUGUAGUUUUUCUCUUGUUUAGAAAUUCCCCUGUCAUAUUGGUUAGGGACAUUUUUUCUUGUUAACGUACCUCCUGUUGAAUACUCGGGAAAUUAAAAGGGAAACAUUGUGAGCACAAACGGAGCGUAUUUUCAGGGGAGGUCGGUUUUAGCCUCACACUCUCAGCAGGGCGGGCAGUGGUGACAGCUGCCUUUGCACGUGACAGAGACGCCGUCUUUCCUGGUGGCUGCUUCUGCAUACCCUGCGGGGAAGUCCAGUCGGGCUGCCUUACCUGCCAGCACUUGACACGCCUGCUCUGAGGUUUCCUGAACACACAGGAAAAAUGCCUCCUGUUCACCACGGACUGGGAAUUCAGUGUGUUUCUGUUUGACAUCUCUGAGAAACUGAAGGUAGUGUUGCUUCACUGCCCUCUUUUGAAUUUCUUCAUUGUGCAUAUUGAUUCUAUUAGGAACUAACAAUCAAGACACUGUAUCCCCUGCAGUAACGCUUGGAAAACAAGUAUCAGCGUCUGUGUGUGACAGGGGAGGACCCUGCACUGUCAGCCCAAGCCCCGGGACGGGGAGGGGGAGGAAGAAGAGCUCAUUCCCCAUUCUUUAAAAAAUGUUUUCCUGAGCUAAUAAUGGUCAGUAUUCAUUUUCGUUUUGUGAUUCUAAGGGGGCAAAGAAAGUGAAGGCAUCCAUGCAUUCUUUCCUAACUAUGUCUCGAUUAUCUAAAGAAUAAAUGAUGAAGAAGUUCUUGUAACUCAGCCCCACGCUGUGUACAUUGGUGUGAAUUCAAAGCCCAGGCGUGAGUUUCACCCUGUGGAUGACUGUUACGGAAUGGUCGUGUUGCUAUGUACGUUAUCAUUACAACUUAUGAGUUUGCAUUUAUUCCUUGAAGAAUGAGUUAUGCAAUAUUGCACUUUUAAAAGCACUGUUUCUCUGUACACAAAAUGGGUGAAAUCUUGAAAAAGACUUGUGAUUGCUCAUUCCUAACUUGGGGACACUAGUCUCUUUUUUCUCUGAACAUUGAUCAAUAUUUUGAAAUGUUUGUUAAUCCUCUAGAAUAAUGAGAAUUCAAGUUGAACUGUUUUCCAUCUCUACCGAAUCCCAGCACGGGCAGAAUUCUAUGAGACUGUGCAGAAUUGCCUCCUGUGUUAAAAACUAUGCCUUUCUCUAACUCCCACAAGGUCCUUUUCUCAAAUCAUAUUUUUAAAAGAAAUACAUGGUUCUUUCUAAGGCCUGCUGUUUUGUGAUUGUGCCGUUGAAUAGAGCAAUUAGAACCAUCACUCAGCCCUUUUUUCCCUCGUUAGGUUCCGUGUAACCAUUCUAGUUAAAACAGCAUGAACUGAACUCGGCUGACAUUAAUAUUCUGUGGGCAAUACUAUUUAAUUUUAUGAACUGUUUGUCUUCUGUUGCCUAUCAAGUAUUAAUGUGGGAGUGUGGUGUAGGCUGUGGAGCCCCGGGCCUGAGCACAGAGCUAGAGAGCCCGUGCCCGUGGGCUUGGGUAUGUGGGCGUCCUUCAGGAGUGCAGGGAGCGCAGGCGGCCCCGGGGCGCGCCAUCAAUCCAUGCCUGUCACACCAUGGGGGUAGCUGUUGCAUUUUUCUCUCUCCUGUGGAAACCUUUGUCCUUGCAACUUUAUCCUUCGCCCCUGGCUGGGUCCCAGAUAACCAAGAUGUACAAAUGUAAACUUGUUGAUUUUAUUAAAAUUCUUUUAAUUCUUGG